CGAGAUUUGGCUUGGCAUCUUGGCAUUGGGUAAAUUACCGUUGUGGAACGGAGUAUGUAAUUUACAGUGCACUCUCACCACAAUCGUCGCUGCAUGUCCUCCCAAGUCCAAGCCCUGGUCGAUCUGCACGACAACAGACGACAGACCAAAGAAUGGUGACGAUCGGGGACAAUUCACAAAUUGAAUCUUCGAAGAGACCCGUAAUCGUCCUAAUAAACCGGACAGCUCUGUCCAUGCCCCCCCGGCAAUCGAAAUCUCAGUAAAUUACCUUCCAGUACCACCACCGCCAGCCUCGACCCUCAAAAUGCCAAGGGCUCGGCACCUGGGCGUCUUGGCGCAGACAGCCUGCAAACAGCAAGAAAUCCUCCUCCGCUGCCAUGGCAUGUUUUCUGGCUCUUCCGCUGCGCGGUCCUCUGUCUUAUAAGUCCGUCUUUCCGCCCUGAUCUCUUUUCCCUCCCCCGAUGGGAAAUUCCUCCUGCCCUGUUGCCUCCUCUCCCUCCGCUCCCUGAAGCCGGACCGUUGUCUCUACCCCUCGCCGCCCCCUAAUGAGAAGAAGGGUUCACUAUGCUCUAAGCCUGGGAGACCAUGGAGUGAGCCCUACAAAGCCAUAGUCGCCUUCCGUGCGCCUUGUACGACCAUCGGCAUCACCUCCGUUUCGCCCUGUUCUUUCUCCUCUUCUCUGGCUCGCCAUGCGGCCACCGGAGAUGUCGUAUAGUCCUGCCUACCAGCAAGGCCAGGAACCCCUCCGUGCUGCAGCUCGCAAUUCAGUCCUUGCCCCGUUGCCCGAUCGAUCUCUGGAAUCCCCCGAACCUAGUCAUACAGCUCCGUGGCGCCCCUCCGUCGACAGCACGCCCUGCGAGGGGAGUCCUCGAUCCUCUGGUCCGCGGAGAUCCCUCGCCCAGUCUCCGGAAGCUUCACGGCGCUCUUCUCGGGUCGACAACGAGUCUCCUGUCACCCGCGUGGUGGUGUCGGGUGGAGUGAUCCAUAAAGAAGAGCGCUCCCCUGGCAGCUGGGCUGGCCAGACCUCGUUGAUGUCGGCCGAUCACUCGGGUACACCUCGCAGGCAAAAGCGAGGCAUGCCCGUGGAUUUACCCGGGGUGGAAAGCCAAGAUGCGCUACUCAUGAUCUUUCGUCUCUCCGUUCCGGUCCCAAUAUACUCUUUCGGCGCCUGCCUGUACACUUGUUUCGCGCUGAUAUUCGCCAUCCUCAUCUCUCCCAUCCGACUCUGCCCUCCUACACCAUACCUCCGCAAUACCUCCUUCAAAUCGCAGCUGUGCGACCUCCUAUCCCCUGCCCUACAUAUCCACGAACGCCUCGUGCGCAUGCAGUCGCCUUCACAUCGCUCAUCCUCCACGCAAUGGAUUCACGCCGAGAUCGACGCCGAACAGCCAUCCACGACGGGCGAGACAAAUCGAUACUACACCGUUGGCAUGUCUUUGCUUGUGUUGACACUCUCGCCCCUUUUCAGCAUAGCUAUCCUUUUGUGUGCUUGGACAGCGGCAUCCUUCUGGGUCUUCGCCAUGGUCAUGGGCAACCCAGAUGGGACGGAGCGCAAAGACGACGGUCGUGCCGCAGUUCUCGGUGUCUGCAAAUGGUGGCACACCUGGCUAGGCAAGGCGCGGAAGUCAUAACAGAAAGCCCAAGCUCCACAUAAUCAUAGGGAAGCAACCCUCCCGAUACAGGACUAUCCUCAAACAUCAAGUCUCCUUGCUGCAUGGUCUCACCCGCCAUGUAUGACAAGAAAGGGACUCACGCGAAACGACCCCUCAUUGAAUUCCUUCAUCUGCCAAUAUUACCCCUCUCACAGCCAUGAGAGGCAAUCGAAUUAUAAACUUUUGCAUCUUCAGUCCAACUAGGAUGCACGGAGUCAUGGAAAACCAUUGAUCUCUUAUAUCCAUUGUGCUGUUAUUAUCUCUUUAUGUCCACGGUGCUGGAAGUGGGCGCAUAUAUCCUUUGCUAUUAUUGUUUCUAUCUCCCUUCGGAUUCGCAGUUUAUGCUAUAUUAUCCUGUGGGCGGCCUUCUUACUUUCUUGCAGAUCAUCAAGGGCAGUGGAUCUGUCUUUGACUUGACGAGUCAUGCCCUUCAUGACCUAUUGUCCAGACGAUUGCUCCCACUAAAUGUGUACUUGUAUGUAUUACUUUCAUCUGUGAGAAGGUGGAGGUUUAUUUAUGUUGCUCUUGCUCUUUUGUUGAGCCAAUUGAUACCCGGGUUUACUGCCUCUUUAUGAUCAUGCAUUUACGUAAUCCAGU